AUGAUUGCAAGAACAGGGGAUACAUUUAUCAAUCGCGAAUGGAUUUUCGAAAAGCCUCAUCGUCGUGAAGACUGGGUACUCUCGCAAGAAAGCAGAAACAUUGUUGCUUCGGCAAGUGGUGUUAGAAGCAGCGGCUCUCGAAAAGUGGCACGAGAAAUUUUAGAGAAAACAGGACAGAAAGUGAGUUAUUCUACGGCUCGUCGUGAACGCCAGCGACAAGGAUUAAAACCAUUCCAUGUUAUUUUAAAGCCACUGAAAACAGUCACACAUGUUGAGGAUCGAGAAUGGCUUGCAAAUUUCGUUACUGGCUGGACCGAGGAAGAUUUCCUACAUAUGGCGGCGUCGGACGAAUUUUAUAUCUAUGUGAUAAGAAAACCAAACCAUCAAAAUGACAGAAUUUGGGCAAAAUCUGUUGAAGACACCACCGAUGACGAAAGGUACUGUGAAAUGGUUCAGAACGCAAAAUGCAUUGGAAUUUUCGUUAUGUUCACUGCAAAGAAACUUCUUUGGGUUCUGAAAGGGGAUGGUCAAUCGUGGAAUGGCGCCUAUUUUCGUGACAUUAUUCUGGAGAAACAUGUGAUUCCAUUUCUGCAUAAUCUAGUCAAUGUUGUUGAUACAGAUGAAGUCAUAUUUCUUCCCGAUAAGGCACUCUGUAUGAAAGCUAAUGCAACACAACAUUUUCUGGAAGAUGAAGGAGUGAAUUUCUGGGGUAAUUCGAUUUGGCCUGGCAAUAGUCCUGACAUGAAUCCUGUAGAGAACAUCGGUGCAAUUAUCAAAGAUAGAGUUGAAGAGCUGAUGGCAAGUGAAGAUCGUCAAGAGAGAUACAAUUAUGACGCUCUCAAAACGAACCUUGAGGGUGUCCUUGAGGACGUAGAAAACGACACGGAUCUUUUUGUUGAUUUGCUGGGCUCCAUGAGGAAAAGAUUUGACGCUCUCGCAGCUGUCAAAGGAUGUCACACCAAUUUCUAA